AUUGCCGUGCCUAAUGGAACACUGUAAAAAGCCUGUUCACUCUCUGCUCAUAUAUGCCUCAGUACAUGUUUCAGUUUCACCCUCCUUUUCUUCCCACAUUCUCUCUCUUUGUCUCUCCCUAAAUCUCAUUCUCUCUUCAAUCUCUUCUUUCACCAUCUUCUUCUCAAUUUUAAUCCUUAAAAAACAGGAUAUCAUUAGAAAUGCCAACCGACUCCGGUCAAAACAAAAGUAACAACAAUGUCAAUUCCGCCGCUAGCAGGAGAGUAGCCAAGAACGCUGCAGUGCCACUUCCACCGGAACAGGAGCAACUUCCAUGUCCACGUUGUGAUUCCACUAACACCAAGUUUUGCUACUACAACAACUACAAUUUCUCUCAGCCACGCUACUUCUGUAAGGCUUGCCGCCGCUACUGGACCAAAGGUGGGACUCUACGAGACAUCCCUGUUGGUGGCGGCACCCGCAGGAGCACCAAGCGCUCUCGCACAACUGCCAACGCGGUUUCCUCCAUCAUCACAGCCAAUGCCCUCUCUCAGGAUUAUCCUUUGUCUUCCACUCCUAUUCUGUUGCCGUUCGUGGGAAGUUCUGAGAGUUUUACUUCUUUGUUGAAUAUUCAGACACCUGGCUUCGUGGCUUUGGGUGGGUUUGGUCUUGGGCUUGGCUCUGGGACUGUUGGGGAUGUGGGCCUCGCUGGGCUUGGGAGAGGCGUCUGCGGUUUUACUGGGGUGGAAGACGCUGCUAGUCGUGCUACAGUUGCCCCUUAUAUUGGCGGUGGUGGUGGUUCUACUGGUGCUGGUAGUGGUGGUGCAACUGGAGUUGGAAAUAGUUGGCAGUUUGAGAGUGGAGAAACUACUAACGGGUUUGUUAGUGCUGAUUGCUUUGCUUGGCCUGAUCUGGCAAUUUCUACUCCUGUAAAUGGUCUCAAGUGAUGUCUUCUUCUUCCACCUCUUCUUCUUCUUCUUCUUUUAAUGGUUUCUAGUUGGACUAUGUUUAUUUAAUUACUGAGAGAGGGGUAAACUAGGACCUGAAAUUAGAAGGAAGGAACCAUGUCACUUUUUCCCUUACUAAUUUAUUUUACUUCUUUGUGACUGUAUGCCAUAUGCUUUGGUAGUCUUAACCAUUUUUGUGCAAUGGACAUUUUUUUUCCUAGAAAAUCUUACAAAACCGCUCUCGGAUCAUCAGGGAAGUAAAAAGUUUGAUCUGAUUUUUGUGUGACUCACUGACAUGGCACCUUCACUGCUUUGUAAGCUUUGAACCUUUCCUAAAGUUAUGAUAGUUUUUCUAGUUCUAUCUUUUUUAUCCUUUCUGGGAUUAAUUGCAAGCCCUGAAGCCCAUUUCUGGUCAGUGGUAAACUUCAACCAGGUCUUUAGUACCGGAACCCUGUUUAUUUUUACCAUAUGCCAGCUGCUGAUUCAGCUCAGUUUGUAAUCACUGCCGACUAAUAAUUUUUGCUGUGAGAAAGGGGUCUCAGAAACGAUUAUAUUUUGACUUUUCUGUUGCCACUUUACAGGAUU